AAAAAGGGGCACAGGUCAGAUCACAGAGCCAGGAGCCUCUCUGAGCAAAGUGUCCACGACAGGAGCUCACUUUGGGUCAGCUUAAAAGCUGCUCCUGCAUCCUUCUCCUGCAGAUGUUUGUGAGACUGUUGAAAUAGCAGAACUCUUAAGGGAUGUCAGGAAAAACACCCAGCAGCAGCAGCAGUGUUAUUCAGGCACAAAAGUUGGUGGACCAACUUCGACUGGAGGCAAGCAUGGAGAGAUUUAAGCAGAUCUCCUUGACUGCAGCAGACCUGGUCCAGUACUGUCAAGAGCACCGGUGCAGCGACCCUUUGCUCGUGGGCAUAGCUGCCUCUGCCAACCCCUUCAAAGAAAAGAAAACCUGCAUGCUGCUUUGAAGACCAAAGAGCUGAUGAUAACCAAAGAAUAACAGAUGUCUAUGGUCAAAAAGUCCUCAAAGUUUACUACAAGAUACGUGUUUUUU